AGUUGACUAUGAAAGUAAGACAGAGUCUUGCUAAUAAUAUUCAUAUUUAAUAAUUUAAUAAUUUAUUUACCAAUAUAGGAAUUUCAAUGAUGUAUGAAGAUUCAAUUGUUGAAAAUGAAAGAUUGAAAUUAAGCUUGCCUUCCAAUGAUAAAAUUCAAUCACGCAAUAAAAGAAAAAAUGUUGAUUUUAACAUUAGUAAUAAAAAUAAAAGAUCUAAAAAAAAAAUAUGCAUCUCAAGAUGAAAUGGCUAAUAGAAUUAUAGAUUUUUUCAAUGAUAAUAAGGUUGUUGAUAUAGUAGAAAUUGAAGAUUUCCAGAAUUUUGAAGUAACUUACAAUAGAGAAGAAGCAAACAGAAAAAUUUUAUUGAGGGGUUUGUUAGAUAAAAUGUCAGGAAAGGCAUCAAUUAGUUUAUACCGAUCUGUUAUCCAACUUGCGCUUCUACAUGAUAAAUUCAACAAUAACUACGAUAAUGACGAUAACGAUGACGAUGACGAUGACAACGACAAUGAUGAUAACGACAAUGAUGACGAAUUCUCGAAGGGAGAAAAAAGGUUAUUGAAAGAAUUAAAAUCGGUUAUUACCAGUAUACUUAGAGCAUCUUCUGUUUUAAAAAUUCGAAAAGAUUUUGUUUUAUUGUUAGUAAAUGCAAGAAAAAUGGUUGGGAAAAUUGCAAAGUUCCACCUUCUUUUUGGAGGUUUAUAAGCAAUGAUUCAUGGGAAAAUAAAAUUGUGAAUAAGAUUGGUUAAUUUUCUGUAACAUUCAA